ACAGAAAUCCCGAAUCGACACAGAGAGAGAAAAACAGAAGCGAAUCGACACUUCGUCCCUCACGACCGCGGCGGCGGCGACGCGAACGGAGGAGCGCCGGCGAUCGCUUCGGGACGAUGGCGGCCGCCCGACCAACUAGAGAGAGGAGCUGCUCUAGUCCUCGUCGCCCUUCCUCAACGCCCACACCGCCACGGAGCCCGGGCCGAAGACAAGGCGCUCGAUCUGGAACAUCCAGAUCUCCUGCAUCUCCCCCUUCGUCGCGUCCGACGCCGGCUGCUAGAAGAUAAGGUGUCUAAUGUGUCCAUGCCACUGAAUGGGUUGCCUUCCUUCUGAAAAUUAUCGGAGAGACCAGAGGCGGCAGCCAUGGCAGUCCCAGACAUGUUCCUCUCACCCCCCGAGCCCUGCCCUGGUGCCCUGAGCGCCAACAGCAGCGCUAUCACGGACGCCGAAGAGCAGCAGCGGCAGCAGUCGCAGAAGGUUGGGUGGUGCUGGUCGAGGUCAAGAGCCAUCAGGUUACACACACGACAAACAUCUGACAAUGAUCGGCAGCACCACUCUGCCGGCUUGUGGUCAGAGCAGUACAGCAUGUCGCAGAACAACAUGUCGCAAUCCGGCUCGCCCCAGGGAGCCCUGCAGCUCACCAUGUCGAGCCAGGCGUGGCAGUACCGUGUUUGCUCCUCGCUAGCUACGAGAAAUUGAACAAAACAUGCAAUUGUAAAGUACACGUUUGUGCCUGUGUAUGAUGAUGAACUGUUCGAAUUUACUGUGUUUAUAGAAAAGUAGAAGUGUAGUUUUGUACGCUGAUGAAUUAGUGUUUAGUGGAGAAGCACAAUAGUAAUUCAUGCAUGCUAGUGUGCAAUUGUCUA